AUGCAUCCGUCCAUCGCAAACCUCUCUUCGCGCCUGCACCUGUGCGGCGGGGACGUGCCGCCUCCGCUCGUGGGCGCUUCUGCCACCCUCGUCGAGCCAUCGCAUCUUGGACAGGGCAAAGGCGCGCAGGUCUACCUCUUCGGUGGCCGCCUCGUCAGCAGCCGUCGCAUGGUCAACACGCUCUACGUUCUCGGCCUCGACGAGAUGAGAUGGUCGAGAUUGACUCCGGCUACUAAGCCUCAAACCGGCGCAACCGAGCCAACGUCCCAACAGCCGCAGCCGCGUUACUUCCAUUCGGCCGAUCUGUGGCAGGACAAGAUCGUCUUUUUUGGCGGCAUGGGCUACUCGCAGCGACCACAAGACUCGGCCGCGGGGACACUUGCCGAAGAGCUCUGCGUCCUCGACGAGCUGCUGGCCUUUGAUCUCACCGCCCAGCAGUGGGACUACAGCUUUGAUGUAGCCUCGCAACGCGCCUCUCGAUCGGAGCCAUCCUCGAGCUCGCAGCCCGACAGUGCCCAGCCGGCUCCUCGUUACGCCCAUCUUUCCUCCCUCUCCGGCGACACGCUCUCCAUCAUCGGAGGCCAGAACCUCGCCAACCAGUACGUCGAAUCCAUCAAUCUCUUCAGCCUCUCGCAAAACAGAUGGAUUGGCGCUCAGCGCUUCCGAAAGCAAUGCGGUAGCUACCGGUCGCUGGCGGUCGGCGCCAAGUAUCUCUACAAGGACGGCGAAAGGGCCAAAUGCUACCCGCGUGCCAAAGACCCCUUGGACAGCGCCAGCAGCGACGCUGACGCUGCCGUCUCGAGUACUGCUCCACAAGGUCGUGCAUCAGCGGAAAAGCCAGGCGGCACGGUCGAGCAGAAUCCGCUUCCAAUGAGCUGUCCUUCGGAUCCGAGUCAACCUUUGCCCGUCCACCUGUACUCCAACUACAACUUCACCGACGUCCGCAGAGAACUCGAGGUGCUCACCGUUCGAGCCGACGCAGCCAGCAUCACCGAGUCUGAAAAGACGCAGCUACGUGCUCGCAGCGGCUCGAACGCCUCCCAAGAGUCGGCGAUCGACGUCGAUGGACCGCUGACUCCGUCACAAGCCGAUGCUGCCGGCGUCGGCGAGCUCAUCUCCAUGCAGGAUCGCUCGAGCCACAUGGGCGGUGUCACAUUACCUCCUGGCCUUCGAUUCCCUACGGGCGCCAUCCUCGGACCCUACCUGCUCAUCUCGGGCACCUACCUUGCCAACGCGACACAAAGUUUCUCCAUCUGGGCUCUGCACCUGCCCACCAUGGUGUGGUCCCGCAUCGAAUCCGGCUCGACUCUCUCUACGGGAAGCUGGAACCGCGCGCUCCUGUGGCCAGGCAAGAACCGUCUGAUCGUCGUCGGUCACAAGGAGAGGGACCUCGUCAGCGACUACAACCAUCGUCAGACCAACUGGGAUCACGUCGUGGUACUCGAGCUCGAGGCGUGGGGCAUCUAUCAGCCUCCCAUGUCGGCCUUCUCCGAACAGGCUGUCCAGCUCGGGCUCGACAAACUCGCAGCAACCGCACCGUCGGCCAUGGCCUCAGCACAGGCGCUCGCGCGCGGUGCCGAAGCGGCGGCCGGCGCAAGCUCUUCCGAUGCGUCGGCUCCCGAGACGCACAGGGAUGCCGAGCGACAGAACGAGUCUCUCAACCUCGGCGGUCGCGGCGAUUUUGAGAUCGUCUGCUCGGACGGUGUUCGGAUCGGCUGCGAUCGGGCCAUCCUUGAAGCGCGCUGGCCAUGGUUCAGAGCCAAGAUGGACGAGUUCCGAAGAAAGGCGAGACGCACUCUUCGUAUCGCCUACCCAGCGCCGCAGGAACAGACUGGACUGGGUAUGAUUCCUGAAGACAUUGCCGAGUUCCUCGCAGAAGACGACGAAGGUGACGCGGCGGCAGAUCCGAUCGUCGCUGACCCAGCCGGCAAAGACGGAGCGACGGAUGUCAAGCAAAAGAUUCGUGAUCCGCGCUUUCAACCUCGUCACUUGCAGAUCUCGGAGCCUUCUCCGGUGGUGCUAGCGCUACUCCAGUUCGUGUACACGUUGCGCAUUUGCACGGCUCUGCAGCGACAUCCUGCCGUGGUGUGCGCUCUGAUGAUCCUGGCCAAAACGUACAACAUGGAUCACCUCGCCGCCUGGGCGCGACAUGCUGCCCACGUAGCUCUCGCAGACGAUCUGCAUCCCAAGACGUCGUCGACGCAGCAGCCGCGGCAUGGUGAUGUGCUCUCGCCAUCCUCUUCAAUCACACACGCUAUCGAUAGCUAUGAAAGCAGUGGUCUUGAUCUUUUCCGUCCUUCAGAAUCGCUCGGCUUGCAUCCCGAGGAGAGGCAUCGGCUCGCCGUGUGCCUGUACGAGGCGGCUUCGCUCUGUGGCUGCGAAGGUCUGCAGAUCCGCGCCCUGAGGGUGGUCAUGGCCAUCGCCCGUUGGCUGCAGAAGCACGGAGCCGGGCCUCAACCGGGAAGUGGCAGCGGGGCGGGACUCGAAAGGCAGGGACAGGGCCGCGGCGAGGGCGCAACGCGCGAUCGAUCUGGCUCCCAUUCUCAGCAUGGCUCUGGCACCAAUGGUGCGGGCUCAACUCAGUCUGGCGCCACUCAGUUCCGUUCUGGCGCCGCUACCAGCUAUCGCACAGCCAACGGCGGCGUUCCGAGCGCCGGUCCUUCGCCUACGCUGCCCUUGCCUUCCCCGGUACCGUCCAUGUCACGCGCCGGAUCCGAUGCCGCCAGCUCGCAUGGCCCGUUGACGCCCAACUCGAUUUACCAGAGUUUCCUGGACCGUCGGGGCGAUUCUUUCUCGUCGUCCACCGACACUCCGGCCGCCGACAGUGCACUCGCCCGCCUCAGCGGGGCGAUGGAAUCGCUCGACGAUCAGCCCAGCACGCAAUUCCGCAAGGGGUCGUUUGGCAACAGCCUUCCUGGCAACAAGAUGGAGAAGUACAGCAUGACCAUGGCGUCGCUCGAUGCUGCCAAUCGCAACAGUAGCGCGACCAUCUCGCCUCUGGCACCGGCCACGAGCGAUGUUGAAGCAGAGCUUGCGCCAGCGUUCAGCUCGACUCGAAAUCGAUUCAGCUUGUUUGGGCGCAAUACCACCUCGAACACGCCUGUCUUGUCGCAAGCGGAGAAUACGCAACCUGUGCGCUCCGGAAGCUCGCUCGGCUUCCGCAGCUCGAUGACGGGUGACGAGACGGUGCGCGCUCAGACCGGUGCGUCUCAAGGCGGUGCGUUGCUGGAUCGACGCGCCAGCGCCAACGCACAGAUGAACGCCGGCCCGAGUCAACUCUCGCCAACGAUUUUGACGGGAGACGAGUGGUCAAGCCGAUUCCAUCUGCCUCGCCAUUCCAUCGCAUCCCCUCGCGACGGCGCUGGAAAGAGCCCGGCUACUUCGGCACCGAACUCGCCUGCGUUGACGAUGGAUCCGAAGCGAAGUCACUUGCACGGAUCUGCAGCUUCUUCGCCGGCGAUCGAGCAGUUCGCCGUCAACUCGUACGGACCGCGAUCAGAGCAAGAGCAGGUCUCGCGCUCCGCGUCGCAGCAUAGCCUCUGCACGGACACGAGCGUGACGUCGGGUCUGCAACGAAGCACUUCAAGCGCUAGUCAGCACCAGCCGUCCACGCCGCUGGAGGGGAUCGAGAUCUCGAAAGAGGUGACGCACCUGUCGGCCAAGGAACUAGCUAAGCUGGACAAGGAAGAACGCAAACGAAGCGAGAAGGAGGAGAAGCAACGCAAGAAGGCGGAAAAAGCCGAAUACAAGCGUCUGGCGGCCGAGGCCGUGUUUGGACCCAAGGGAAGCGCAGGACCUUCGCCAGCGUUGCCGACGAGCGACUUUGCCGAGUACACAAGAGGCACGCAGGUAGCGGGUGCAGGAAGUGGAGAUGCGCCGUCGUCGCGCCGAUCGUCUGAGCCGUCAGAGUCGCGAUCCAGCACGAGCACAGCGAGCCCGCGAACCGGAAGCAGUCUGAAGACGGCGUACAGUCCACGCACGCCGGCUCCGACCGCGCCGCUGAAACGAGGCGAGUGGUCAGUGACGACGGCGACAAGCGGAGGGCCGUGGUUCAGCGCGCCUCCUCCAAUGAUGGCGCCGCCGACCUUCAAGAGCAUGCCCAAGAGCAACAAGAGCUCGGCUUCGCUGGGCGGUCGAAGCUCGGGCAAGACGUGA